AUGAGUUCACCCUCACCUGAACAGCAGCCUCUUCUAGCAUCGUCGGAGGAUAACAACAAUAGUAAUGCCAACCCCGAGUCGGCAAAUCAAGAGGAGGAUGCAGAAAUGAAGGCUCUCAUGGAGGACUUGAACAACAUGAGUACUGAGGGCAUCCAGCAACGGGCCCGGCUCAUACAAAAUGAUAUACGAGUUUACAAGUCAGAGGUUCAACGUUUGACACAUGAGCUAAACUCCAUUAAGGAGAAGAUGAAGGACAAUCAGGAGAAAAUAAACCUCAAUCGGCAAUUGCCACAUUUGGUUGGUAGUGUUGCGGAGAUCUUACCUGCAGAUGAGGAUGAGGCAGAUCUCCCAGAAGAAGGAUCUGCAAUAAGCACUCUCCAACGGAGAGAGAAGAAGGAAAAGAAGUCUAUGGUAGUCAAGACGACUACAAGGCAGACCAUCUAUCUACCCAUCAUUGGUCUUGUUCCAGUGGAAGAGCUGAAGCCUAACGACCUGGUGGGGCUCAACAAGGAUUCCUAUCUUGUCUUGGAUAAGCUGCCUCAAGACUUUGAUUCUAGGGUCAAGGCAAUGGAAGUUGAUGAAAGGCCUACUGAUCA